AUGGAAAUCGACACGCCAGGGACGCCGCCUCCCUGGCCACUGAACCACAAACGGAGCCACAGCAUUGUCUCUGAUACGGCAAGCACCGCAAGUGACUCGAGCAUCGAGGACCGGCCGUCCUAUACGAGCUGGGCGCACCGGCGCAAGCGGCAGGCCCGCUACUCGCCUACGCCCAGCGACGACGACGUGCACACGCUCCGUGCCGGCGUGUGGGUCGGCGAGCGCGCCAGUGCGAUCCGCGACUCGCCCGGCGCGCCGCCUGCAUCGCCCGAUCCCGAAGGAACCGGCGGCUGGGACGGCAUGAUGGAAGAGCCCACGCAGCCGACGCUCCCCCUUGCCACGGCGCCUCAGCAAUUUCUCAAGCGUGGCGUGGCGUCGCAGUUCCAACCCCCCACCCCCUCGCCCCUUGCUCUUUCGCGGCUGUCGAUGGAAGACGACGUCUCAGCGCCACCCGCCCCCAUCCACCCCGACUCGGGCCUCGGCCCCCCCCUUCCAGCGUCGAACCUGGGCAAAAUGCGUCAUGUCGUUCGACAGGAUACCAUGUAA